ACCCUCUCUUUCUUUUUCUCCGUGACAAACGGACUGGACUGGCAUGCGAGGGGGGUUCUGCUAACGGUAGGGCCAUCGAGGAGCGACGAUUUUAGUCGCGCUGGUGCCGCCGUAAUCACUGCCCAACCACUUAUAUCCACUCCUAGAGCCAUUCGGGCCACUCCCUACAGAAACCCCAGGUGAAGAUCACAGGUGACCAGAACAGGGGACACUGAAGGCGGAGAAGGAGAAAGAGAGAGGGGUUGUUGUUUUGAAGCUGACUUACCCCCGUAUCCUCCGCAAAUUCUUUUCUUUUUUACUAUUUUUUUCUUCUUCCCCAAUACACAUUUCCUCUCCCCCCCAACUUGCCCGAACAUAUCUCGUAUCCUCAGAUUCUAGCUAAAGACCACAUGGUCUCAUCGUGGUUCUAGCCUCGAGCAGCUGUCGAGACAGAAUCAGGUGCGAUCACGCAUCACCGCCUUGCCAUUUGGCGUCUGCUGGGGGGGGGAGUGUUUUCGCCCGAUAACUGCACAUCCCACUCCUAACGCAGAUCCAGUCCAAUCAGCCCCGGACUGGGUGCAUGCAAGUAGCCAUUCAGAAGUAACCAGCUGUUCACUUUCUACGAUACCGGCAGGUCUUCGUCGACCAACCGAGCAGCAGAGAGCAGGACGGCCUCUCCUACGAAUCCGUAGCGACGGGGCUAGUCGGACGGACAAAUGGCACAAUCUCGCCAUACUGGUGCCAAGAACCGGCCCAGGCGUCGACACCAGACACGCAGUCCCUCUCCAUCCUACCGCCACGAUUGGGCUUCCCGACCUGGUGCCCCCCUCCAUUCGCUCCCUUACCGAGCCCGAGGACCUGAAAUACGAAGGCCCGACGAUAGGGCGUCAGAAGACAUUUUCCAUCACCGUGCACGAUCAUCCGAGGACACAGACGACACUGCCGAUCCGAUGCCUCAACCCCAGCAACUGGCCCGGCCGGGCACCGCUACGCCCCGGAAUGGCAAGGGUCGGGCCGUUUAUCUCGAGAUUGAUGACGACGACGACGAUGAGGAAGAGCGCAUGAUGACAAGGCUCCGAUCCAGAUCGCGGCCGAGGAUGCCCUCGAGGGCCGUGAGCAGCAGCGGUGACGACGAGACUUACGAGCUUCCGACCCCGCCGAAGACGGCCCCCGUACAUCGCUCGCGGCCUACGUCGAGAGUGCCCUCGGCGUCUUCGUCGAGGACUUCGAGCACCGACUCCGUGGUGACGAUAUCUACCCUCGAGGACAGGAAAAAUCGCCGGAGCCGCCAGAGGAUGAAGAUUGAGGCCCCCCCCGCCGCCGCCGACCGUGCUGAGAGCCGACACAAUCUGCGGAGGCUCCGCUCUCGAUCUAGGUACCGGACCGACGGAUCGGACAGCGACGAGGACCCUGGGCUCGCUAAAGCCCUGCGCGUACGGGAGAGAUCCGCGUCCCAGCCGCGACUGAGACGCCGCUUAGCAUCGCGAAGCGCCUCGCGGGUUCGCAACCGCCGAGACCCGUAUGAAGACGGAGAGCCCAGUUCCUCGAAGCGGCCGCACCGGAGGCGGUAUUACGAUUCGGACGUGGGGUAUUCCGAUAAACCAAUGCUCUCUCGCGCACACACCGCCCCGAGCUCGCAUGUAACAUCGCAGAGUAUGGACCCCUCCUCGAGACGCUCGUCCCCUUUUCUGAACAUGUUCGUGGUGCCAGGGUUUUCGACGACGCCCGAGAGGCCGGGAAAGAUGGUUGAAUGCGUCGCCUGCCUUGACGACCUGCCGUCAACAAAGACGGCUAAGCUCAAGUGCGGACAUCGGAUGUGCAGGCCGUGCCUCAAGCGGCGCUUCAAGAUCUCGGUCAAGGACCCGUCGCAGAUGCCGCCGCGAUGCUGCACGGCGGACUGCAUCUCUCUCAAGCACGUCGAGGACCUGUUCGAUAUCGACUUUAAGAAGACUUGGAACCGCAAGUUCCACGAGUUCUCAACCCGCAACCGCGUCUACUGCCCAGGCAAGAGGUGUGGUCGCUGGAUACAGCCAGACCAGAUCACGCGUCACGCGAAUGGCCGCAGGGUGGGCAAAUGCAGCACCUGCCAGACCCGGGUAUGCUGCGACUGCAACAGCAGGUGGCACGGCUCCGGGCAGUGUCCCCCGGAUGAAGAGACUAACCAGAUCUUGCAGCAGGCCAAAGAGGAGGGCUGGCAGCGCUGCUUCAACUGCAGGAACAUGGUCGAGCUGAAGGAGGGUUGCAACCACAUGACCUGUCGCUGCGGCGCCGAAUUCUGCAUGAUAUGCGGCCUCCAAUGGAAGACGUGCGAGUGCCCGUGGUUCAAUUACGAGACCCUUGACCCGGACCACCUGAGCCGCAUGCAGAUCCCCGAACCCUUGGUGGACCCCGAGAGACUCGGGAAUCGUUUGUCGCCUGGCGGCGGGCUGCGGAUCCGACCGGGCUUCGGUGACGAGCUGCGCAUGCGACGUCUCCAGGAGCAGCAGGAUGAGGAGCUAGCGCGGCGGCUCCAGUUCGAGGACUCAGAUGACGACUACAUGGACGUCCCAGCUGGCGUCGCCGACAGUACGGAGCCUUUCAUGGCCAGCGACUACCGGCGCCGGCCGCAGACCGUGGUGGUGCCUCACGCGCCGCCGCCGCCGCCCGUCGCCCCGUUCGAGAGGGCCAACUCGGUCACGGACUACGUUGCAGGGGUGAGCAGGGCCCGCGGCUUCCGCGCCACCUCGCUCGAGCGCCGCCUCGCGGACCGCUUCGAGCAGCGCCCGGGCAUCGCUAGCCCGACGCACCCACCCACCCCGUUCGGGCACGGCGGCAUCCCGCCCCCUCCGGCCCCCCCGCGCGCCGUGGGCCCCCCUCCCCUCUCACAGCCGCCCCUCGCACCGGCCUCGGCCGCGCCCAUACCCAUGCUGCGGAGACACACGAUAGACGACGACAUGUACGACAACCCGCGGUCCAGCCGAUACCACGACCGGUCCUUCCCGAGACGGGCCUCGACCCGCGGCUACGUCGAUGAUCCGGCGGUCUACGAGCCCGGCAGCCGGGUGCGGCGCCGCGGGCGCUCAGCCUCGCUGUCCCCCAAGGACUCGGUCCUCGCUGGCCUCGCUGGCCCUGGUCGCGGGAUGCAUCGCGUCUAUGAGUGGGUGAACCACGUCGAGUCGGACCCCGCCAUCAUGACUUGAAAAAAAGGAAAAGAUUUGAAGUCGAAAGCUAACAUAAUCUAAGGGGUAACGAGUAGGCCUGGACUUAUCAAGGGGCCUACGUUUUGCAUAUUCUUUGUGUGCUUCUUUUUCUCUCUUUUUCCUCUCCUCCUUUCCUCACGACGGUCACGACGGCACGAUGUCUGGAUAUGAAUACGCGUGGAAGCUUGGGGUGGAAUCUACUUAAUAUUUCUCUCAUGGGUUUAUUUCCUUUCUUCCUUUUUUUUCUUUUUUGCGCACGCAGGCUGUAACAUCAUUUACAACACAGAAUACCUCUACGCAUACUGACACCCUCUUAAGAGAGGGAAAGAGAGAAAACAGGCAUAUCGCGAGUUCUCGAGCAGCCGAUUCGCGUGGUCCAAUUUGGAUAUGGUCCCAUCCCAGGAGACGUACACACCCACACGCACAUGUAUCGAAUCUAGUGUUUUGGACCUUUUACUUUUCUUCAAAUGGGAGUUGCGGGCAUUCAUUGCCAGCUAUUCGCGACCUUUUUUUUUUCAUCCUCUUCUAUCUCCCGUCUUCUGUCAAGGGGAACAGAACUAUCAUUAGGUACUUUGUCUAUGAAGCUUCGGAAAUUUAGAAGUCAUUACAGAAAAGAAAAAGCCUGCUUUACUCAUUCUUAA